UUAAAUGUUACAAUGGCUUUCCAUAUUCUGACAUCACUGUAAUUCAGUGAGAGAUUCAGAGAAAACGAAACUUAUGACAAUAUGGAUGCCUGAAAGUUACACAAAAUAUUUUCUGAGACAUUUAAAGACUCUUGUGGAAACAUCUGAAACUCACAGCAAUGUCAUCCUCCAGUGGUCCACUGUCUGAGGAGCUUCAGUGCUCUAUAUGUCUGGACGUGUUCGCUGAUCCAGUCACUGCUCCAUGUGGACACAACUUCUGCAAGACCUGUCUGAAUAAGCACUGGGACAACAGCCAGACCUACAGUUGUCCAUAUGUAACCGAAACCUUCAGCCAAAGACCCGAUCUCAAGAUUAAUAUCACACUCCGAGAGGUUGCUGAUCACUAUAAGAAGAAAAGUCCUGAGGAAAAGAAUGAAGUUCUGUGUGACUUCUGUGAGGACAGAAAGCUGAAAGCCCUGAAGUCGUGUCUGGUGUGUCAGAGCUCUUACUGUGAAACUCACCUGGAGCCUCAUUUGAAAGUGGCAGGUUUAAAGAAACACAAACUGAUGAAUCCUGUGAGUAAUCUGGAGGACUAUAUAUGCCAGAAACAUGAGAGGCCUCUGGAGCUGUUCUGUAGAGAUGAUCGGACAUGUGUGUGUCCCAUGUGUGCUCUGACAGACCACAAGAACCACAGCACUGUUCCUCUAGAAAAGGAGAGUGAAGAGCAGAAGAUGAAGAUUCAAAAUGAAGUACAGCAGAUGAUCGAGGACAGAACCAAGAAGAUUCAAGACAUCAAACACUCAGCAGAAGUCAGAAAAAGAAACACAGAGAUGGAGAAAGCAGCUCGUGUUGAGUUCUUCACUGAUCUCAUCCGCUCCAUUGAGAGAUGUCAGACUGAACUGCUGGAGACGGUGGACAAGCAGCAGAAAGCAGCAGGGAAACAGGAGGAAGAGCUCAUUGAAGAGCUGGAGCAGGAGAUCAGUGAGCUAAAGUUGAAGAGCACUGAGCUGGAGCAGCUCUCACACACUGAAGAUCACCUCCACCUCCUGCAGAUUUACUCGUCCCUGUGCAGCCCUAAAAACACCAGGAACUGGCCUGAGAUCAGAAUGGAGACUAGUGAGAGUCUGGAGACUCUGAGGAGAGCUCUGACUCAGCUGCAGGACACUAUAGAUGAGAAACUCACACAGACCGUCUCUACAGAGUUGAAGUGGAUGCAGCAGUAUGCAGUGGAUGUGACUCUGGAUCCUGAUACAGCUCAUCCUGAUCUCAUCUUGUCUUAUGAUGGAAAACAAGUGAGAUGUGGAGACAUUAAACAAAAGCUCCCUUAUAGCCAAAAGAGGUUUACUUUCUGUACAAAUGUCUUGGCAAAGGAGGGAUUCUCCUCAGGGAAGUUGUAUUAUGAGGUGCAGGUAAAGGGGAAGACUGAAUGGGAUUUAGGAGUGGCCAGAGAAUCUGUUAAAAGGAAGGGAAGGAUCACAUUGAGUCCUAAGGAUGGAUUCUGGACCAUGUGGCUGAGAAAUAAGAACCAGUAUGCAGCAAUCUCUUAUCCCACUGUCCCUCUGUCUCUACGAGUGAGACCGCAGCGCAUCGGUGUGUUUGUGGAUUAUGAGAAGGGACUGGUCUCCUUUUAUGAUGUGGAGUCCUGCUCUCUUAUCUACUCUUUUACUGAUCAGUCUUUCAAUGGCAAACUUUAUCCAUAUUUUAGUCCAUCCUUGAGCUUUAAUGGUAGAAACUCAGCCCCUCUGAUCAUCACACCUGUCAAUAACAAUCAAUGAAUUUACACUCUCAGGCUGUGUGUCAAAGCAU